CCUUUCACACACCUGCGCACCUCACACACAGACAUACCAACGAGAAGGAGAGAUACCUGUUCCUCCAGCACUCAGCCAUGAGUAGCCUCGGAUAUGACCCCUAUUAUUCUUCCUCAUUAUACAAACGCUGGUAUGUUGAGCCGCCUCCUCGUGGGGUGGUAACCAGAGCCAGGACCCACUCCACUUACUCUUCUCAUGCAUCCCCUCUGUCUGCCUCCCGUCUGCAGCAAUCCUCGCCUGGCCGGGUGCUUUUCUCCUCUUCCUCACCAGCCUCUUCCCUGGAGUUGGAACUCAGCCAGGCGGCCCAUAUCAGCUCUGAGUUCCGAGCAGUACGCACACAAGAGCGCGGCCAGCUGCAGGAGCUCAACGACCGCUUUGCAGGCUUUAUCGAGAGAGUGCGUGAGCUUGAGCAGCAGAAUCGGGCUGUGGAGGCUGAGCUGCUGCUGCUGAGGCAAAGGCACGCUGAGCCGUCCCGCCUCAGAGCACUGUACGAGCAAGAGGCAAGGUCUUUGAGGGCAGCAGUGGACGAUGCCAGGGCAGAGCAGCAGGCUGUCCUGGGCCAGAGAGACCGGCUAGAACAAACCCUUAGUGCACUGCAGGGUCGAUAUGAGGAGGAAAUGCUGGCCCGAGAAGAGGCUGAGGGCAAGCUGAUGGAGGCCCGUCGUGAGGCUGACCAGGCUGCCUUAGCAAAGGCAGAGCUGGAGAAAAGUGUUGACAUCCUGCUGGAGGAACUGGCCUUCCUCAAGAGGAUUCAUGAAGGUGAAGUGGCUGAACUCCAGGCUCAAGUCCAGCUAGGUGUCCAGGUAGCGGUAGAAUCUGAAGGUGCCGCUCCAGAUCUCUCUGGGGCUCUCAGGGAUAUCCGAUCCCAGUAUGAGAGGCUGGCAGCGAGAAACAUGCAGGCAGCAGAGGAGUGGUUCAAAGGGAAGGUGGGCUCCCUCACCGAAACUGUGGCCCAGCACAGCAACGCAGUGAGAAGCUCCAAGGAUGAAGCAGGAGAGUACAGGCGUCAGCUUCAGGGCCGCCUCCUGGAAAUUGAUGCAUGCAGAGGCCUCAAUGAAUCCCUGGAGAAACAGCUGCACGAGAUGGAGGAGAAGCAAAGUGCUGAGAUAGCUGCUAUGCAGGACACCAUUGCAGAGUUGGAGAGUGAGACGAGGGGAACUAAACAGGAAAUGGCACGCUACCUGAAGGAGUACCAGGAUCUUCUCAAUGUCAAGAUGGCUCUAGACAUCGAGAUUGCUGCAUACAGGAAGCUUCUGGAAGGGGAGGAGUGUCGCUUCAAUGUGGGGGUGCCCGGGGGAGUUUCCUCACGCUACAGCCACAGCUUGGCCACCCCUUUCUUUGCCCGGCCCAUUCUCUCCAGCAUGAGCUCCGGCACCUCCUACAUGAUGACAUCACGCCUCCUGAGCUCCAGUGUCAGCACGACUGAGGGGAUCAUCUCUGCCAGCCACGCCCAACAAGCAGAGGCAAGCCCACCUGGGGAGGAGCAGGAGGUAGAGGAGGAGGUAAAUGAGGAAGAGGAGGAGAAGAUACAAGAGGGAGGAGAGGAAACAGAGGAGAAAAAAGAAGAGGAGGAGGAAGAAGAGGGAGUAGAGGAAGAGGCUGAGAAAGACGAUGAAGAUGAAGUUAAGGAGGUAGAUGAGGAGGCUGAGGAAGGAGAAGAGGGGGGUGAAGGGGAGGAGCAGAAGGAAGAGGAGGAGGAGACCACUGAAGAUAAUGGGGAGAAAGAUGAGGGAGAAACAGCUGAUGUUGAAGAAGCACAAGAAGAAGAGAAAAUAGAGGAAGCUGGGGAAGACGACAAAGAUGAAGAAAAACAGCAGAAGGAAGAAGCUAAAAAGAGUGACGAGAAAGAUGAGAAAAUUGAUAUCAAGGAGGAAGAGAAAGCUGACGACAAAGAGGCUGCUCCAGAAAAAGAUGACAAAGCGGAUGUGAAAAAGAAGAAAGAUGAAGAAAAGACCAUCAAAACUGAGGCUGCUCUAGAAAAAAGCCCACAUGGUACAAAGUAACCUCAACAACAUUUGGUCAAGACAGUGCAAACCACUGCUCCAUAACCAGAAGAAACGUCAAUGCUGUCAAGUCUGCUUGUUCCCAUGGUGCUCAGAAAAACACUCCAAUAGCCAUUUACAGCAACAAAUCAAGGCUAACUGCUUCCCAAUAGCCAGAGAAAUCCCUAAAAAUCUGGUUGCACAAUUUCUGCCGACCGUAGUAUGUUUAAAUUCCGAAUGGAAAAGUGAGUGUGUGAGU